AGAAAAAACAAGAGGACUUCGGCGACGAACUUGUGACGGCAUUUCUUCUACAAUUCUUAUUAAGCGAAGUAAACCUGGGACAAACCAUGCGCUCGGUCACGUGAGGUGUUGUCAUGGUGACUGCAGCAUCAAUCAUGACAGACCCUGCAGAACUGACAUAUUCGGCCGAGCAGAUUCAGCGCCUUUUGAGGUGUCCAGUUUGCUUAGACAGGUACCAGGAGCCUCGACUCCUACCAUGCCAGCACACCUUCUGUCUGAGGCCCUGUUUAGAGGGGUUGGCAGAUGCAGGUACCCGAACCCUUCGUUGUCCUGAGUGUAGAGCUGAGCACAGAUUGCCCAUGAGGGGUAUCUCAGCACUGCCCAAAAACUUGACUGUCAUUAGCUUCCUGGAGCUUCCUUCUCCAACCAAUGGAGUGAGUUCAUCAACACCCAGAGACCCAGGGCGCACCCCGAGGAACGAAGGCACUGUGGAGGCUCAUUGCGCUGGCUGCAGUCAACAUGGCCCUCUGACACUUUGCCCUCACUGUAAUGAUCAGAUUUGUGAUACCUGCUCCCGUUCACAUGCCUCACAGCUGCGCCAAGACAUUGCCAGACUUGUUGGUCAGAUUAGACGAGGACUGCCCAAGCUGUCGAAAAUGUUUUCUUUGACUAGCCAGAGAUCUGACCAGCUGAAGCAAAACUGUGAGGUUGUGUCAACGGCCAUUCAAGAUGCAAUAGAGGGCUUGAUCAGAGAGCUGAAAUCUCGCCAAGUAAUGCUGAAAAGUGAACUGAACACCUUUCUGCUUGGAGAGCAGCACUCACUCCGACUCAUUCAGGAGACCCUGGAGGUGGAGGCUGCCACUGUGGCAAGUUUUUGUGACCUGACUGAGUCGGUGCUGCAGUGUCCUCAGAAUGAAGUACCUAUUGGAGACUUGGUGCCAAUGCAGCAGCAGUGCACCGAGCACCUCCAGACAAUCCGUACCCAGAGCAGUGCCGGGGAUGGACUCAUGGCUGUCAGACAGCCUCGCUUUGUGUGCGACACGCAGGAAGCUUUGAACAUUAUAUCAAAUCUUGGUGAGCUCGUCGUCAAUACUGGGUCCAACCCGACCUCAUUUGGGAGAGGGAGUCUUCCGUCUUCGUCAGUGAGACAGACUGCCUUCAGUGAAACAUCUUCAACUCCUUUGCAGACCAGGUCAUCGAUCUUGUCCAUCAGAACAGAUUUUUCUCCCCACACAAGACAUGUGUCAAGGUACCUGCGCAGGCUACCUGUUGAGGAGAGGAAUGGACUGCAGGCUGCUCAAGCUGACCAGGGAGGGGAGCUGAAUAGGAGAAACCCCAGGGAUCGUAACAAUUCUGAGAGAAUGGCUGGCUUGAUUACUGGGGACCCAAACCCUAGCAGGUCUCGUCGCACUUGGAAUGUCAACAACCGCAUCAGGCCGUUAGAGAUGGUGGCUUCGGAGAGGUCAAAUAGCAGGGCGGAGAGCACACCUGAGCAGUCGUCAGAGACGAAUUCUGAUGCUCCCACCCAGCCCAGUGGAAAUAUUGAUGAACCAAGGAGCAGACAGACAGAUAUUCCACGUGUUAUCCGGCGCCCUAUCCCAGCCCCAGUGCGCUUUGAUAUAGACAUUAACGAAAACCUUGAAGACCUUGCAGAUGACCUUGAAAACACUAUGACAUUUCGGUACAGCACAGGUGACAGCAGCUUAGUGUCCACACCCAGGAACAACUACCAGCAAAAAGGCCGAUCCAUUUUGAGAUUCGGUGAGAGAGGAAACGGACAGAACCAAUUCACCUGGCCCAGGGGCGUGGCAGUUCACACAGUGACAAAUGACAUUCUGGUGGCUGACAGCAGCAAUCAUAGAAUACAGGUGUUUGAUGAUUGUGGACGCUUCGUACGAACCAUUGGCUCAUAUGGUCAGCGGGAGGGCGAGAUCGACUGUCUGGCGGGGAUCACAGUAAACUCGGCUGGUGACAUCAUCAUCGCUGACCGAUACAACCAACGUGUGCAGGUUUUUGACUCAAAUGGUCAGUUCAAGUCUACGUUUGGUGCAGAAGGUUCAGAAGAUAGUGAAUUAAACUACCCUUGGGGUGUGGCAUGUGACCAGCAAGGUAACAUCUACGUCUGCGACAAGGAGAACCAUCGGGUGCAAGUCUUUAGGGCAGAUGGAACCUUCCUGCGCAAGUUUGGACAAUUGGGAAGCCGACCGGGACAGUUCGAAAACCCCAGUUACAUUGCUGUGAACCAUAAUGGUAAAGUUUAUGUGACAGACAGCAAUAACCAUCGUGUACAGGUGUUCGAUGAAAACGGUGCCUACUUGUUCAUGUUUGGGGUUCAGGGGACGCAAAGGGGGCAAGUGAAGUACCCCAAAGGGAUUGCAAUAGAUGAACAAGGGUUUGUGCUCGUGGCAGAUAGUGGCAACAACAGAGUGCAAGUCUUCAGACAAGAUGGCCGAUUUUAUUGUAUGUUUGGAUCUUGGGGUAGUGAAAAUGGCCAGUUUAAAGGUCUGGAAGGUGUUGCUAUUAUGCCGAAUGGAAAUGUGGUUGUGAGUGACAGAGAAAAUCACAGGAUCCAAGUCUUCUAGCUCAUUAUAGCGCACAGCUGAUGUGAAGUGGUUCCCACAGUAUAAACAUGUACUGUAUUCAUUAUUUGGAGAGGGCAGACAUACAUGUUCAAAGAUUAGGCAUAUAUGGUGGGUUGCCAUUGUACAUUCAUUGCACCUGCCAUAUGUGUGUUCAUAGUUUAAAUGUGGAUUAUGCUGCUUUGCAGACAUGCAUACACAUUUGUGUGCUAUAUUGCUCAAUUUCUUAUUGUGAAAACCUUAUAUAAUAU